AGAAAAUCUCGCCGCCAUUUUCAUUCUUUUCUCUAUUCCUUUUCGUCAUAUGGCGUAUUAGGUGCGUUCGCUUACGUCCGCCAUAUUAAAUGAAAUCAAUAAAAUAAGACAAAAUGUCGCCUUACUAAAGUGCGUGAAAAUAAUCCACCAACAUCCAGUUAUUGUGUGAUUAAAUCAUCAAGAGGAUCACAAUGGAGAAUUCCUACGGUGUGGGGGUUGUUAACAGAUACGCUCUUUUCUUGGACGAUGAGUCCGAUCCUCUUGAUGCGUUAAAAGCGCGAGAGCAAGCGAAGGAGCUCAAAAAGAAGACCAAAGAAGCCGAAAAGGAGAACAAGGGCAAACCUGAGACCAAACCUAAAGGUGGCGCUCCCGCUACCAGGAAGGGAAUCAAGGAAACCCAAAAUGUUAAGUCUCAAGAAAACAGGAGCGGUGAGCAACAGAAGGCCAAAGGUCCUGCCAGACCUAACGAGCGUAACACCGAACGUCCACCUCCGCGUCGCCGUGAGGAUCGGCCGCAGAACGGUGCCGUUGAGAACAAGGAGGGAGCUCCUCGACCACCUCGCCGCGAGUUCGGCGACCGCAGGCCUAAUUACGAGCGCCGCAACUUCAGCGACAAUCCUGAUGGAGCUGAGCGCCGUGGGCCGAGGCCACCGCGUGAACCUCGCGACGGACCGCGCGGGCCGCGUCCGUACGACAAUAGAGGCAAGCGCGAGUUUGACAGGAGAUCCGGCUCGGACAAGACUGGUGUGAAGCCGGUUGACAAGCGUGAGGGCGCCGGCCCUCAUAACUGGGGCACUCUCAAGGACGAGAUUGACGAGCUCAACAAGACCGGAUCCGAAGGUGAGGUAGCUGAGGAGAAAGUGGCUGAUGCUGCUGGUGCCGGCGCCGGCGACGGACAGCAGCCCGAGGCUGAGCGCGCCGCCGCUCCCACCGAAGAGGAACCGCGCGAACUCACGCUCGACGAGUAUAAGGCGCUCCGAAAUGCCCAGCGCACGCAACCGCAGUACAACUUGCGAAAGGCCGGUGAGGGUGAGGACUUGAGCCAGUGGAAGAACCUGGUCAUGCUCGAGAAGAAGAAGGAAGGCGAAAGAGGUGAGGACGAUGACAGCGAUGACGAGUUCGACAUGGCCGACUACCCGCAGCGCGUGGGCCGCCAAAAGCGUGUGCUCGGCAUCGAGUUCACGUUCAACGACACGGCCCGGCGCGGCGGUACCGGCGGGCGCGGGCGCGGACGCGGUCGCGGCCGGGGCCGAGGCCCGCCGCGCGAGCCCGAGGUUGUGGAGGAGCGCCCGCCGCUGCGUGCUCAGGCCGCUCCGCCCAAGGUCGAUGACAGCAAGGAUUUUCCCUCUCUUGGCUAGACUCACAGUGAGCCUUCGUUCUUCUCCCUUUCGAUAGAGAUACAAAUUAAAAAUAUUGUAUGUACCGUUAUUUUUGAAGUAAAUAUACAAAAUAUUUACACGAGCGUGUAUUAUAUUACAUUAAAAUUUAGUUGAUUUCUUCGGAAACCACCUUUCAAUUUACUAUUUGACUUUAUCAGGUUAAAUUUCAUAGUUAUUGAUAUGGGGGUUGACUAGUCGUGCUCGCGAAUCACAUAGGAUGUUGUAGAGGGGGAGGAUAAUUUUUAAGAGUUUUAAUUUUGGAUUCACAUAGCUACAGUAUGCAUACGGAACUAUAAUAACAGUAGCUUUUAUCAUAUUGUAAUCACAGCUUAUGAUUUAACUGAGUUUUAUUAUGGAAUAAGGAUUUUAAAACUUACUGACUGUGACAAGCUAUGAAUUAACUCUGUCACAAUUUAGAGUAGAACAUGAAAGUAACCCUUGUUGCAUUUUUUAUCAUGAGUUUGUGUUGACAAAUGCAGACUUUGGGAACUGUAAAUAGUUGAUAUAUGUUAAAAGAUAAGGUCUUAAAAAUAACAAGGUUGAUUUUUGUUGUUACACAACUUCAGAAAAAUAAACAUUUUGUAUGUGUGA